CGCAGGAGCUGAAGAAGAAACACAUGCUGUUAACUGUCUGACUGGAUACAGUUUUCUUGUGAAGAGCUCAAAUAAACAACAGCUUCAACGAUGAGGACAUCAUCAGUGCUGAUCUGUGCAGUGGUUCUGGUGCUGCUGCUCAGCCCGCUGAGGAGAACAGAUGCUGCGACCUUUCAAAGCGCUUUGCCACAUCCAAACAAAUACAAUCCAAAUGAAUCGGAGAGAUGUCUACAACCCCCCAUCGGCGGAUUAAUUUCCCGCGGGUCUGGGCCUGUAACCUCAACCGACGAAGUGCUGGAGUCCAGUCAGGAGGCGCUGCACGUCACGGAGCGUCGGUACCUGCGGCUGGACUGGUGCAAGACGCAGCCGCUCAAGCAAACCAUCCGCGAGGAGGGCUGCCUGAGCCGCACCAUCAUCAACCGGUUUUGCUAUGGACAGUGCAACUCCUUCUACAUCCCGCGGCACAUUUACCAGGACGGAAACGCCUUUGAGUCCUGCUCUGCCUGCAAACCCAAGACCUUCAGCACCGUCACGUACACCCUCUUCUGCCCGGGACAAACGCCAAGCACCAGGAAGAAACGGGUGCAGCGCGUAAAGCAGUGCCGCUGCACAACCAUAGAUACGGACUAGACGGAAACACACAUGCUGGCAGAUAGUAUUCUCUUCCGCGGGAGGAAAAAUGCAGCUUUGCAAAAAUAGAAAAAAAAAAGGGAGAAGUUGCUUGGACACAUGAGAAUAAAGUGGUGAGGAACAUACCUGAGCCUUUGUUAUGGUUGUUACGGAAAGAGGAUAUUCAGCAAUACACCACUACAUUUGCUGAUAGAUAAUAAACAUAGGUGGUUGAUUGAGGUGUCAGGUUCCCUUUAAGGUGAUAUUUUGACCUGCAACUAUUAAUUUAUCACACUGAAAAAAUAUCUAGUCACUUCUCAGUCAUUACUUCACAGUCUUUGUGUGUGUGUGUGUGUGUGUGUGUGUGUGUGUGUGUGUGUGUGUGUGUGUGUGUGUGUGUGUGU